CCUCUUAAUCACUCCUAUGAGUAUAUAAAGCACAGCUCAAAUUACUUAACGUAUUCUACUGCAAGAUUUGAAAGACGCUUAAGUUUCCUCAAGAUGAAGAUCUACGUAUUCACUCUUUUGGUGGUGACGGCAAUCGCCGUUGCAUUCCCUACUGAAGAGCUAGAGCUAGAGGAAAAUGUAACGGUAGAGUCUCCGGACUUUUUGAUACUGAAAAAAGAUAAAUCUUUGCAAGAGACACCUAUCAAAGAACAUAAUCGUACCCGUAGAGCUACCUGUGAUCUUUUAUCUGGCUUCGGUGUUAAUCAUAGCGCUUGCGCAGCUCACUGCAUUCUAAGGGGAAAAACCGGGGGAAGAUGUAACAGUAACGCUGUUUGCGUGUGUCGCGCGACAUCGGCUGGCUAAAACUUGUUAUAAAUUCAUUUCCUUAAAAAGAGAAGUGGAAUGAGAAUUUUAAUAAAUAUACGUUGCGUAUUCAAACAAUAAGAUAUUAACAUUAUUUUCAACAAAUGUAUAUGUACCAGAAAUUUGUUUAUAAUAAAUAUACUUUAAAUAUCUAAAAA